AUGAUAAUUACAACAUGGAUUGCAUACAUUCUUGCCCGGAAUGGUGUUGGGUUCCCCUUCCCACCAAAAACCAGUUCAGACAUUGAAGUUGUGGAAAGUGAGGCUGUGUCUGUAGUACAGCACUGGUUGAAAAAAACUGAAGAAGAGGCUUCGCAGGACAUAAAGCAGAAGAUGUCCAACAACUUCCCUCCCAACCAUGGGGAAAAUGUCCAUGUUACCAGAGAUGUGGUGAAGCACCAUCCAUCAAAGUCUGAUUUGUUAGCAAACCAGAGUCAAGAUGUCCUGGAGGAAAGAACAAGGAUCCAGUUCAUAAGGUGGAGCCAUACCCGUAUCUUCCAAGUGCCAAGUGAGGUGAGAAAUGAUGUCAUGCGUGAACGAAUAGAGCAGGUGAGACAAAGCUUAACCCGUCUGGCCAAUGAGUCUUCUCAGGAGCUUCACGGCAGAAAUUCCUUCUCGGACUGCUGAGGGGAGCAGGUGGGAGAGCUGGCAGGUUAUGUCCUUCACGGUAAAGGAGCAGCCUAUGUAAGAAGAAUGAUCACCUCCUCUUUGACCUGGGGAGUGACCACACCUGGG